UUGCGCUGUGGACGCACAUCUGGAGAGCCGGUUCGGUCUGAAUCUGAAACGAAGUGACCCCUUCAGCAUCGCAGGGCGGAAUAAAUUCACUUCUUACAUAUUUUUUUUUACAUUUGUCCACCUGUCGGCCUGUCAGCUCGAUCUGCUGCUCAUUUGAUGCGUCACAGAGUCAGAGUGAAGUAAAGCUGCGACUCGGGCCCGUUGUUGGAGCGACCAGCCCGGCUACAGCAGCAGUUCCAACAGCUGGAUGAGGGCUGGAAACAUCUGCAGCGCCUGUUCCGGAGUGGAGCAGCAGCUGAACGGCUUUGUGACGCUUGUCCUGGAUCAAACAUCCCAGGAAUGAAGCAAAGUCAUCUGCGCGCAUCACAGGCUGAUCUGUCUUCGCUUAAAAUUCUCUGGAAGACUUUAAGUAAGCAGGGUUAUCCGAGUCCGUCAGACAGGAAUGAAUCACAUGAAAUCUCAAGACUUGCGUUCUCUCCCACCAAGACCUCCGUCUUUACCUGCAGCUUCAUCAAAGAGACGGUUUGUCAAGCUGGGAAGGAAGACAAGUGAUGGAUCUCAGCAAUCAGCUUCUUCCACUGGCAGUUCAUCCACCAACAGGUCAGCAGAGGGUGUUUCCAUCAAACAGCCCAGCAAGAGCCGUAUCCGUCGCCAAACUAACCGUCUCUCAGGUGUCUUCCACCGCGGCCCGGCCGUCAACUCAGGCUCCAUGGCACUGACAGCAGGCAUCAGGGCCUCACUGUCCAUCCCAGCCAGGAAGGGAAGCUUUAUCUCUGCAGAUGUUUUAAAAGCAGACGACCCAUCUGAGCUGUCCAAUCAGAUAACUGCUCCAGGAAUCCUGAAGAUCUUCGGCAGUGAAAUCUGUGAGGGAGCUCAUUAUAAGAGCGUCCUGGCCACCACACACUCCAGUGCAAAAGAACUCGUCAAAGAGGCCCUUGAGCGGUAUGGCCUGGGCAAGGAGGAGGCAGAGUCCUAUGUUCUGUGUGACACCAUCGGCUCCACUGGAAGUCAUCAGUGGAAGACAGAAGGCUUCAGAGUCGUGAGCGACAAUGAGAAGCCCCUCCUCCUGCAGUCACUAUGGAAACCCAGGGAAGGCCUGGUGAGACGAUUCGAAAUCCAGAGGAGAAGCUCAGUGGAGGAGAUUACAUCCAAAGACAAAGACACCAUUACUGCUGGUAUCAAUGCUCAGGCUCGAAAGCUGCAGAAGAGCCGCUCCAGAGUGACCUCCACCCUCAUUGAGAGGACCAUGGGGCGAGGACACAAACUGUGGAGGAGCAAAAGUGAGAUGGACCUCAUAGAUUCUGAUACAGAGACCAAACAGGACACAAGUAGGACUCAGGACUCAGAGAGUCUGAAUCAAACGUCAGUGCAGAGUUACCAGUGCUUAAAAACAAGCCCAGAACAGAAUCACAUUCACAGCCUUGCAGUCCCCUCCGAGGGGAACGGCGGGUCGCAGGCCAAAACAGAGACCCUCUGUCCAUCGAGGCCGAGAGGCGAGCGGGAAGUGGAGGAGUCAGAGAGGGAGGAGACGGAGAGCAGCGGCGAUAACACCACACAGUACUCCAUUCACCCUCCUCAUGACUGUCCAUACCUGCUUUUGCUGCAGGGCUGCAGCCUCACACAGGACUUUGUCAUCUACCUUCUUGCUGGGCCAAACAUUGUAUUCGGUCAGCAAAGUGGACAUGAAGAUGGGUCAAAGCCUGACGUCCUUCUCUUUGCCACUGACAUUCUUCCAAGACACUGCUAUAUCCAGCACCAUGGCUUAGGCAGCCCUACCAUGCUCGGCCCUUGUCAGAACGCUGUGGUCACGAGGAAUGGUGAAGUGCUGAGAGAAGAAGUGCAGCUUAACCCUGGUGAUGUCAUCGGGAUGGGACAGCGCUACCUGUUUCUUUUCAAGGAUCCCUUUGCUUUGACACAAAAGGAAGUGAACAAUGCUGCUCCUGAGCCCAGCACGACUGCUAUCCCCUGGAUGCUGGGUCACACUACUUCUGCCACUCCAACAAGCCAUACUAGAGACAUGAUCUUCUGCAACACCUGCAUCACAACCUGCACUGACCUCCAGAGCUCAAGCAGCAAAAAGUCCCUACACAGAGGCCUCCCCUUUUUAAAAUCUCCUGAAAGCCACAGUCUGACUCUGGAGUAUGACAGUGAGGAUGAGGAGCGCAUUGUCAAGGAAGUGGUUGCUAUGGGAAGGACCAGCAUCGAAGGCAGACCACCAUCGACUGUUGCAUUUUUGUUGUGUCUCUGUGUUCAGUAUUCGGCCGCAUGUCUUCAUACCUCAGACCUGCGCAGGCUGCUGUUGCUUAUUGCAAGUACAGUUCAGAGCGCUAUGUGGGACCACACUAAGGAUCUAGCUGCAGUUCAACCCGAAGUUCCAAGUGUUGAGGGCUCAAACCAAGAGGACCUUCAGGAUCUCAGCCAGCAUGAGGUCAUCUCAGGACUGCGCCCCAUGGUGGUGUGGAUGGCCAACAGUUUGGAGCUGCUGCAGUUCAUCCAGUACCAACUUCCUCUUAUUCUGGAGUGGAGAACCCAUAAAGAGCAGGAACAGGAAGCUGAAGAAGGAAGGGAAGAUGAGAACAAGGAGGUGGUGAACUUGGCCCUGUUGGAACUACAUCUGUCCUGUAUCCGUUCAGCCAGUGACGAGACAAUGGCCGUCCUGGAGGAGGUCAUUUUGCUUGCCUUCCAGCAGUGUGUCUACUACAUCACCAAGGUCCUCUACCCCGUCCUGCCGAGCCUUCUGGAUUGUAACCCGUUCAGGGAGAGUCCUGACCUACAGGUGACAGAUGAUCAUGUCCUGGGUAGCGGUGGACUGCAGGUCCCUGACCAGAUCCAGCAUCUUCUUAACGUUCUGACCCAGACCUGGAGCCUGCUGUCUGACUGCCAGCUCCACCCAGAUAUUUCCUCACAGCUCAUUGGCUACCUCUUCUACUUCAUCAAUGCGUCACUCUUCAACACACUCAUGGAGAGAGGCUCUGAGCCAGGGUUCUACCAGUGGACCAGAGGUGUACGCAUGCGGGCCAACCUUGACUUGCUCCUGGACUGGGCCCACACAGCUGCAGUGGGAGAACUGGCCUUGGAGCAAACACACACACUCUCAUCAGCCAUCAAUUUGCUGGCUACUCCUCGAAAUAAUUUACUGCAGACAUCUUGGGUGUCCUUGCGGUCUGAUUACCCUGCUCUGAGUCCGGCUCAGCUGAACCACCUGCUGAGUCUUUACAGCCCAGCAUCUCCCUGCAGACACACCUGGACUCCAUCUGUUCCUGACCAGACUGCAGCACAACAAACUGCUGCGAUCCUUGAGAGCUUUGACAACCAUCACCCUCUGGUGUUACCAGAUGAAGGUUACCAGUUCCAGCUGAGCAGGAAGGUGACAGAUCCAGCCCUGAGGGAACAGCUUGACAAGCUCAAAGAGUCCUUUUCUGACUCACAGUCUGAAGAGGUAACACCUAAUGAGGAAGAAAAGGCUAAACUAACUGAGAUGGAUAUUGUUCCAAAAACCAGUUUGGAAACCUUGGAUACAUGGCCAGUUGAGACGGUCUUAUGUCAGGCUCCUGUCCAUGACCACCAGUCCCCUACUAUGACCUCUGAUGCCUUACCUCCAUCGCCUCCAUCUCCCUCCUCCACCCUAUACGUGGAUGAGUUCAGCUCCUGUGGUGCCCUCCUUUUGUCCCAGAAGCUGAGAAGUCUGGAGCUGCAGAGCAGAGAGACCAGUGAGAUGAGGACGUCAGCUCUGGACGCCUCAUGUCUCCUCACCCCACCCAACACCCCCCACAUCAUAGAUCCUGUUGGUUUGGUGAAGGAAUGCCACAAUAUAUGGAGGAAGGGUGACAGUGAGACACUUCCCUGGUCCUCUGGUGAAGAUGCACACGAUGAAGGAGGAUUAGUGUUUGAAUGUCUGGCUGCACUGAAAGUAGACCGCUUGAAGUCUGAUUGCCCAAGUAUGAAAAGAUUUGUUGAACUGAAAGAGGAAGGGGGGGAGGUGGAAGAGAAAGAUGACCAUUAUGAUGACAAUCAUGAUGAGGUUUUCAGCCUGGAGCUGGAGCGAGGUGAAAGAGGACUUGGUCUUGCUCUGGUUGAUACAAAUGACACGUCCUUGAGAGUGAAAGGCAUCUUCAUCCGUGCAGUGGUUCCAGACUCCCCUGCAGCCCGGUGCGGCAAGCUGGCAACAGGAGACCGGAUCCUGGCUGUGAACGGAGUCAGUCUGCUUGGACUGGACUACCAGAGUGGGAAGGAGCUGAUCCAGUCGUCGGGUACCAGACUGAGAUUACUGGUGGCCAGAUCUGAAUGGAUGGCGAAUGCUAUACUUACUGAAUGCUGACAGCGUUUUUCACUGCUUCUUUUACAAGGAAUGUUAAUGCACCAUGAGUAAAGAGGACUAUAAGAGUUUGGUCAACAUUGAAGUUCAGAACAUGGAUUUUAAUAUUAGGAUAUGUGUUUUGUGAGGAAGAAAAUGCACUAUAAAACGAGCUGUGCUUCCCGGAUGAAAUAAGUUCCAGGUUUUAGCUGCUCCAUGUAGUUUUCAAACUGAGAAGAGUUGGUAUGGUUGGGUUCAAACAUCACUGCUGCUAUUUGUUUUCAGGACAACAUUAAGCCUAAGUCCAGCCCUCAUUUUAAAGCAACUACAAGGACCUUUUAACUGGUUAUUAUUACUAACUAUUAUUACAGCAAAACACCUCUCAGCCAAGAAAACUGGUCCUGGAGUGGCACCAACUCUUUGCUGGUCCCCAUGUUAGAAGCUGGGGGCAGGAUUAUCUUGACCAAAGACCACCUAAAAUGCCAUUUUAACCGCUAUUUUUAGCCUUUAUUAUGGACACAAAAUCAAAGCAAUGGUCUGUAGCAAGGUGCAACAUUUAUGGACAGAACGUGCUGUAGUUUGCGGUACUGACACACAAGCUUCUCUGCCGUUUAUGUUGGAGAACCCACAGUAAUGUAUUACCUGCAGUAGAUGAUGGUCUGCGUGUUCCCAGUUUGGAGCACCAGACACGCUCCAGGCAGGAAAUGAAUACAUGUAUUGCUGCAGAUGGGGACUGAAACAAAACAUAUUUUUAACUACCUAAACUAAACUGUAGAACUUCUAUGAUCCUAUGCAUAAGCGCACUUAUAUGCUUCGCACACUUUGGUCAGAAAAUGGGAGUUCUACGAUUGGGGAAAAGUAAUGCCAAUAAUAAAGCUGUGCAUAGCAACAAAUAUUUCCAUUAAGCUAGGGUCCAGCUUUUCUUGUUUUGUUCUUUUGUUUUAUUCUUAUUAAUUUAAAAAUGCCUAACUCAUAGGCAUUUUAAGCUGUUUUUGGUAGUUUGCUUAUAUCUGUUGUGUUUAAGCAAUAAAUAUAUUCAAAUCCUCUAUUGGUGAUUUCCAUUCAGUUAUGAUGAAAAAAUGACGUAGUUUUGAUCAGAAACAACAGUUAUGACACAUAUACCAAACUUAAAGGGGACAUAUUAUGCUUAUUUUAAGGUUUAAACUUUCAUUUUGGCUUUCUACUAGAACAUGUUUACAUGCGUUGAAGUUUCUGUAUCCACCCUCUGUCUGAAAUGCUCCGUUUUAGCGCCUGUCUCUUUAAGCCCCCCUCCCAGCCUUUAGGAAAGAAGUAGAACAUAACAAAAAUAAAUAGAGAGAAAUUAGUUAUUUACUUUUUUUGCUAUUUCCAUUUCAAGUGAAUAAAUAUGAAAUGCAUAGAAUCAAAUGAGUGAUGUAAAUUUCCUUUCACAAACACGAAAACUUCAGGUUAGACAAAACACUGCUUCUCUGUUCCUCACAAGCUGUGUUUCUAUCAACAAAUUAGCAUUUUGAAAAUUUGCGAUGAGAAAAGCUUGAUUGACUGUACAUAGACUUUAUAAAUAAUGGUUGUAGUCACCGUGACGUCACCCAUUGGUUUGUGGCCUGUUUGUGGCAUCGAGUUCAGCAUUACACUUGUCACCGUCUUGUGUCACCGUCUUGUGUCGCCAUCUUGUUUUCGGAAAUGGGGAGCAGACCAUAUUUGGACUGUGCAGAAGCCAGAGGGAUCUCAUCACUGACUACACUGAUAAUGUAAUAAAUUCCCGAUAAUGUAAUAACCCUGAUAAUGUAAUAAAAAUCUGCACUUGAGUCCAUUGAAAAUGUAAUAAAACCUGAUAAUGUUAAAACUUCCCGAUAAUGUAAUAAAGUGCAAUUCCCAAUAAUGUAAUACAUGUUUUACCAAUAAUGUAAUAAAGU